UCUGUCUCGUUUAAAUGCGAAAGGUGCGAAAAGUUCAAGCAACAUGAACAAAGUCUAAAUAUUUGAUAUUCAUUAAAAUCCAUUUCCUAGGGAGCUUCAGGAGACGUCCUUCUAUUGGAUAGUUUUUGAGAAUUUCCCUCAAAUAAAAAGUAUCGGCAUCAUUUUGCCCGCUGAUGUGCUAUACCGAACACACCAUAAAAGUUUCCCGCCAAAAUAGAUGAGGCGCGUAUGUGUUUAUUUAUUUGGUAUGCCUCUGUGCAUUUAAUCGAAUAAUUUUGAUCAGAUAUUUAAAUAUACUCGCACGAUGGAAGGCUUUGAUGAUCCAGGAGUAUUUUUCUCGGAUAAUUUUGCGAUAGACGAGACUCAUGAGAAUCAAGUAAAUCUCCAACAUUCGAAAAAGAAAUUUAAAGAAUUUAUUCGACAAUUUCACGAGGGUAACUUCAAUUACAAAUAUCGAGAUACCUUAAAACGUAAUUACAACCUUCGUCAGUAUUGGCUAGAAAUCAAUAUAGAAGAUCUAGCGGCUUUCGAUGAGCCCCUUGCCGAGAAAAUUCAAAAACUUCCAACAGAAUGUUUACCUAUCUUGGAAGAAGCUGCAAGGGAUGUCGCAGAUGAACUCACAGCACCUCGGCCAGAGGGUGAAGAGAAGAUGGAAGAUAUUCAAGUUUUGUUGUGUUCAGAUGCACAUCCAAGUUCUCUAAGAGGAAUGAAGCCUGAUAUUGUCUCAAAGAUUGUGAAGAUUCCUGGUAUAAUUGUUUCUGCAUCUGGUAUUAGAGCAAAGGCAACAAAAAUUGCGAUACAGUGUCGAUCUUGUAAAGUUACUCAAGUUAACAUUCCUAUUAAACCAGGUUUAGAAGGAUAUGUGUUACCUAGGAAAUGUACGACAGAGCAAGCAGGUCGACCAAAAUGUCCUUUAGAUCCUUUCUUUAUAAUGCCAGAUAAGUGCCAUUGUGUGGACUUUCAAGUUUUAAAACUUCAGGAAUUGCCAGAUCAUAUACCACAGGGUGAAAUGCCCAGGCAUUUGCAAUUGUAUUGCGAUCGAUAUUUAUGUGACAGAGUUGUACCUGGCAAUAGAGUGCUGAUUCUUGGAAUAUAUUCCAUUAAAAAGGUAUCUAAAACAGGUGGCAAGGCUGCAAGCAAGGAAAAGACAUUAGUGGGUGUUCGAGCUCCGUACAUUCGGGUUCUGGGUAUUUCUGUGGAUGGAGAAAAUACAAAUAUUGGAACUCAGCCACCCGUCACUACCGAAGAGGAAGAUCUUUUCACGCGAUUAGCAGCCGAUCCGAAUUUAUAUGAGAGAAUUGCGAAAAGUAUAGCGCCUAGUAUUUUUGGUGCGAUUGAUAUAAAAAAGGCUAUAGCAUGUUUAUUAUUUGGUGGAGCCAGGAAACUGUUGCCUGAUGGCUUGUGCAGAAGAGGCGAUAUCAAUGUUUUGAUGUUAGGUGAUCCAGGCACUGCAAAAUCACAACUGUUGAAGUUUGCAGAAAAAGUCGCUCCUAUAGCUGUUUAUACGUCGGGAAAAGGUAGCUCCGCGGCUGGUUUGACAGCAACUGUAUCAAGAGACCCAGCAACUAGAAACUUUAUCAUGGAAGGUGGUGCAAUGGUUUUAGCGGAUGGUGGUGUCGUGUGUAUCGACGAAUUCGAUAAAAUGAAAGAAGAUGAUAGAGUGGCAAUACACGAAGCCAUGGAGCAACAAACUAUUUCUAUAGCAAAGGCGGGAAUAACGACUACUUUAAACACACGUUGUUCCGUAUUAGCAGCGGCUAAUUCUGUCUUUGGUCGUUGGGAUGACAUAAAGGGAGAAGAGAAUAUAGAUUUUAUGCCAACAAUAUUGUCACGUUUCGAUAUGAUAUUUAUUGUUAAAGAUGAGCAUGAACACAACAGAGAUGUAACUUUAGCUAAACACGUUAUGAACAUUCAUUGCAACGCUGGCCAGAUCACAGAACAAUCGGUAGAGGGCGAAAUCCCUGUGCACAUUCUUAAGAAGUAUAUUAAUUAUUGCAGAACACGCUGCGGUCCAAGACUUAGCGUAGAAGCAGGCGAGAAAUUGAAGAAUCGUUAUGUAAUGAUGCGAACCGGUACAAGAGAACACGAGAAGGAUUCCGAAAAAAGAUUAUCUAUACCGAUCACAGUCAGGCAACUUGAAGCUAUUAUACGAAUGUCCGAAGCUCUGGCCAAAAUGCAUAUGCAACCUUUCGCAACUGAAGUUCACGUUAACGAAGCUUUGAGGCUUUUUCAAGUAUCUACGUUAGAUGCUGCAACGUCCGGAUCAUUAGCAGGAGCAGAAGGAUUUACCUCGGAAGAAGAUCACGAAAUGUUGUCUCGCAUCGAAAAACAAUUGAAAAAUAGAUUUCCUAUUGGACAUCAAGUAUCUGAGCAAAACAUAAUAAAAGAUUUUCUUAAACAAUCGUUUCCGGAACGCGCCAUUUACAAAGUUAUACAUACGAUGAUACGUCGCGGUGAGCUUCAACAUCGUUUGCAACGUAAAAUGUUGUAUAGACUGCAUUGAAGAAUAACGGAAACAUCUUCAAUGUUACCAUUAUAUAAUAUCAUAUUGUUGCGUUUUUGUACGUUACAUAACUUCUUAACUAUUUUAAUACAAACUAAUGAUUUUUUACGAAUUAAUUUAUGAUAAUUGUGGAAGUUCACUUUUAAACGGAUAAUGGGGGU